UCUGCGUCGCCGUCGCCGGUGGACCGGCUGCUGGACCACCACGCCGAGCAGGGCUCCUCCUGGCAGGCGUGGCUGCUGCUCGACUCGGAGGACGACGCCAGCGCGGACCUGGCGCACGGCCAGCGACAGGGCGGCUCGGCACCUCGGCGCAUCACCCCCAAGUCGGUGUUCAUAGCGCCCGCUUUCACGCCCGACCAACUGCCGGCCUGCGCAGAAGGCUACCGCGCUGAUUCGAUGGGCCGCUGCGUCAAGGUGUUGCGUGUCGACCAGGCGGCGCAUCUCGACUUCCUGCUGCGGCGCCUCAACGCCAAGUACGCCCCGGCCAAGCAGAACCCUGUUGCAGCCGCUGCUGUCCAGGGUCCGCCACCGCUGCCGCCGCCACAGGGUCCUCUCAAGCUUCCCCUGCCCGUGGACACUCACACCACCUCCUCGACGGCAUCACCGGCUCCGAAGCCGACGUCGGAGACCCCGCCUCCUAAAGCAGAUCAGAGUGAGUCUGAUGACACCGGUGCCGCCGACAUGAUCAUCAGCCUCUUCGGCGGCCAGGAAGGCAGCGGCGGUGGAGGUGGCGGCGAAGACACUGCAGCCGUGGACCCUACUGUGCUCAGUGCUGGGCCGCCUGCGGAAGACGUCGACGUCCGAGACACUCUGCCCAUGCUCGUCCUCACUCACACCGAUUCCUCGUCGCCGGUCGAAGACGAGAUCGUCCCUGAGCCCGAGCAAUUUACUGGCGAGGUGGUGACAGUAGCCUCUCCGGUUCAGAGAGAAUCGAACUCGCUUCCUCCGACCUCGUCACCCUCCCCUGCACCGCAAGUGACUUUAAUCUCUGACAAACACCAGCACAAUGCUGGUGGACAGAUGAUGCGUGACGCCAGUUCAGUCGCUGCAUCAGAUACGUCUCCUGGUGAGGAUUGGACACCAGUCUCUUCUACUCACGAUUCCAAAUCCCCAGGUUCGUCUAAGAAGCGUACAGGAGAGUUUGUGUCAGACGACUGGCGAGAACGACCCAUUCCUUCUGACGAGACAGCAAAGACUGUUCCAGUGGGCACGAGGAAUGCUGACACUUCCGCAGUUGGCUCUGUCCAAUUUUCGAACGUGAAAGUUGAUACUACACGUACUGGUCCAUUGGAAACCUCCCCUGUGGACAAUUCUUCCAAAAAGAACAGUGCACAAUAUCCUGCACAGAUGCAGAGGCAGCAGGGCAGCCACAGUUCCACCUUCGCUACAGCAAAUGUACCCAAUGCCCACGUUGGUUCUACAGCAUACAACAGUUACAACUCACCAGAAGUUCACCACGCUCAGGAGUGGAGUGGUGUGACAAAUCGGAUACCACAUACAGACAAUGGCUAUGUGCGGUUUCCACAAGGCCAUGGAGGGGGUUAUGUCCGUUUCCCACUUGAUGCUUUCCAGGAGCAGCGAAAUUCUGGUGGCAGCAAGUUAUGGUGGUUGCAACCAGGCCCUAAUGGUUGGCGUGUUAGACAUCCUGAUGCACGCUACAGACCAGCACUGGUACGCUUCUUCACACGGUUGCCACCAUUACAUGGACAGACUUCUUGGGACACCUACGCUAGGCGUGCAUAACUUGCCCACUCAUCUAGGUUGUACUUAACAGAACACCACACAUAAGAUAUUACCCACUUUCUCUACAUGUAGUACUAGAAUGGUCCAGCAUUCUGAUUAUAUGUUGCACGAGAGUGAUAAAACAGCUGCACCUGGCAAGACGAGUGUUGUGGAGUGUCUCUACAUAUUUUUGAACCUGGUUCUCUGCUCAUGAUGAUUUUAUCACAUAAAUAUGAGUUACACAUCAGUAUCAAGUUUGAAUUUGUGAUACAUGUGUAAAGUGGAGAAGAAGCAGUAAAUAUUAUAACAGUGCCAUGUACUGUUAUAAACAUGAAUACUCGAACAUGCAAUAUUGACUGUAUUACAGUGUAAACAUUUGGGAGGAUACAUAUAGUUUGGAGUGUUGCCAUACUGUGACUUCUUUCAAGAAUCACUAUCAUCCACAACAUGUAGUUUAAAGGAACCAUUUGUUCCUCUCUAUUUUCCCUAGUUUAAUACAUUGUAUAUUGUUGAUUAAAUGUGUACAUAGUGUACAGAAAAGUAGUUCUACCAAGUAAUAGGUUUUAAAAAAUUUAUUCUUCCAUAGGAGAAUAAAAAGAUGUAAUGUGGUCAUGCAUUUUAUUUAGCAUCACCUUCAGAAGUAGUGUAUUGGUAAAUUUUCUUCUCUUAUUGUAUUAUAUGAUCAUUGUAAUUUUUUGCAUAUAUUGUAAAAUAUCAGGGAAGUCUUGCCAAGUGAUGGACUGAAUGGUAUUUUAGAUCUUAUAGAAGUGAGUGGAAUUAUAUAUCGACCAAACCAGCCAAUGAUUUUGCACAUAAUUAAUACCUUACCAUCUGACUUUUAUUCUGUAAAUAUUACAUAUACUUUUGUCACUAGCAAAUAGUAUUUUGUAUUUUACCUUAUUUAGUUAUUCAUCUGUAUUCAUGUAGGAAAAGUGAAGGAUGAAAUUUUUAAAAGCGCACAGGCUUUUGUAAGAGCAGUUGUUUCUCUUUCCCUGGUGCACAUUAAUGUGCAGUACAAAAUGUGAUUAUAAUGUGCUUUUAGUUACCACAUAUAUGUGUAAAUAAGUGUCAGUAGACUGAUUACAUAAAAAACAAGUCAAUAGAAGUAAACGCCACACUUCGCUGUUAGUUGUCUCGAAAGCUAAGUUAGCAUACCCUCAUAGACACUGUAUACAUACAGCCAAUUUAAUGUACAUAAUGUUUUGUCAGCAACGAUAAUUGUAAAUCUAUUUUUGAGAGUCAUAGAAGUUCACAUGCAAUAUUCUAGUCUUUUGCACUGUGUAUAACAAAGCUUUAAAAGCUACUAGUGCCUUUUGAUUUGUUGCUUUGUUUAUAAUGAAAUUUAUGCAGUCCAAGUACAAUUGUUAAAGUUUUCAGAAUAAUUUUGAUCCAUUGUUUUCUAUUUGUAUAAGCCUAUCCCAGUACUUAAUAUUUUAAAGAUUGAAAAACAGUUAUUCACCUUUUAUUGCUCUUAAUCUUUCCCAGUUCAGCCUGCUGCCCAUUUAGUCCUCUCUGUGUUAACAUUUGUUUAAUGCUUUGUAAUAUGCAGAAUUUGACUGUUUGGCUAUGUCUGUGCCCAUUUAUGGUAAGUGAUUUAAUGAUUAGUAUGAUGAAAUUUUCGUGUUAAGUAGUGAAGCUUUCCUAUCCAUUUACCCACUAGAUCUACUACCUGUUGUUGAUGACAUCCAUCAUUACUUGUAAUGAAACCAUUCAGACAUAAAAAAAACCCUCUGUAAAAGUUGUAAUACUUCCAUAGUUUCAUCUUUGUAAUAAUUUACAGUUUGAAAAACAUUUAUGUGUCCCAGGGUCAUAAUUGGUUGUUAAUUGUGGGGUCAUCAAUAUUUAAGACAUGAUUUCAGAAACUAACUGAAGAAAUAGUUAGCAAGGAAACUGAUAACACUAUAAUAUGUGAAUUUAGAAGCAUUAAAGAAAUGCAUAAUAAACAAAUGGACUAGUACCACUAUGACUCAGUCUGGAAAUUUUAGGUAAUUUCAAUAAUUUGCUCUGAAGUAUCUCAGGUAGACUCACCAUUUGAAUUCCUGUACAUUUUAUUAGUGUUUGGUGUUUCAGCCUAUGUUCACAACAAAACUUGAACCUUCUGUCCCAUGAGCUUUUUACUCUUAAUUCAUCGCUUUUGGAGGUAUCACUUAAAGCAAUCACAUCUAGUUUGAAGAAGAAGGAGGCUUGUGUGAAAUACAAGUAUGUAACUCAGGGUUUUCACUUUCAAACCUAUCAAUUUCUAGCUAACAUUCUGCACUAAAAGAUAAAUGUAGUAAAUUAAAUCAUCAUAGUUACAGUGGUCUGACAUUCUGAGGCAUAUACAAAGUCUUUAUAAUGAUGGUGAUGUAAUUAUAACAUUAAAUUAAAUUAUUAUGUCAUUUGCAGAUAUUUCUCGAGAUAAAUUUCAUGUAUAAGUCAUUUAUAUUUUUACUUACACACUGUGUUACACUGAGAAAGUUUUAACCCUUAAAUGAAUAUUUGGAUUGAGGAAAAUAGAAUGCAGUUCUCUUUUAAUUUUGAUUUUGCUAAAUUUAGUGAAUAAGUUAGUUGAACUUCAUUAAUGAUUUUAACUUAAUUUUAUUCUAACCACAAUUUUCCACACUUUCACACGUAAUUAUUAAAAUGAUUCUAUAAUUCAAAACAGACAGGGGGAGUACUGCAAACCUUCAUGAAUGCUGCACUCACAACAAACUUUCUUUUGAAACAGAUAAUGAGAAGUAGGUAGCAGGAAAUGUGAGUAGGUGGCAGGAAAUGUGAUAGUUAUUUAUUGGUUUCAUUUUUAUUCUCAGAUAUGGAUAGCUAAAAGUUAAUAAAUAAAAAAGGAGUAAAAGUGACUCAAAUAUUUUUUGAACUAAUAGAAUUGAAGCCCAAAAAAUUUGAAAAAGUAUUUACAGUUUUAAUAUUUUUUAGAUAACGUUAUUUUAGUGCGGAACAAGAGUUACAGUAUUCAAGAAGAAACUUCAUAAUAUUCAAGAUAUUUAAUUUAAAUUAUGGCAUUACUUGUAACGAGAUACAUUUCGAGACAGCGUUUACAGCCUGCUUAAGUUACCAAACUAUUGUUGGUAAUACCUAAGCUAUGUGUGUGGGAUUUUAGUAACAUGGUACUCUUAGUAAUUAUUCAUUUAAUUACUUUUAAGAGUUUUUCAUGCACAAUGUAGCAUCCAAUAGCACUAAUAUAUAAAUGUACAAAUUGUCAGGCAGAAUGUAUUUAAUAAACAUA